CAACGGGGACCAACAGCCUACCACGAGCGUGCGUCUACUCGUCCUGGGUGACAGCUACUAUUGAUACUGAGACCGCAUAGACAGUUCUUAUAUGACAUAUCGCCCAUUUGUGGUACGACCCUUUCCCUUUCGACAUGAGUGCGACGCUGGCGUGAGCAGCAGGGCCGGUUCGUGUGGUGGGACAGCUGUCAGCCAGGCAGUAGUGGAAGGGCUUACUGGGCAGCUGAAGCAGCCACCAGACCACCGGGGUCGACCAGGCCGAGUUGUCGGCCGUGAGGACCUUUACGGCUCACUCUGGCAGUGUAUAGCCUUCUGCCUUCUGGUGGCUUGACGCUUGCUGCAAGAGGUGCUGCAGCUUAGCUGGCUUGUGCAUGGUUUUGGGGCUGCUCGAGUCCAAUCCCACAUGAGCGCCGCCUUGUCAUUGGAGCCAUUCGUUUGCUACCAAGUUGGCUAGUGACAAUCCAAAGGAAGAUCCCGUGGAUGAUAUCAGUUAGGAGGAUAUAAUAAUACCUUUCUCUACCCCGCUGCAGAGCCAAGAGGAGUUUUCCUUAUCGUUUGUAUACCUGGGGCAUUUGAGCAGGUGAAAUCGAGAUUACGGAUAUACCAAUACAAACAGGACUAAAGGAACAUCAUUGUACUUUUGAGAAUAAAAUAUGAGGUUUACGCUAUGGCUAGUCAGUGGCUUUGUCGGCCUUGUGCUGGCAAACGUCGAGAAGACGAUGUUUAUAUCGCCAAACAUGGACGUGGCUCAGUCCGCCCUUUUAAACGUUGAGUUAAAGGCUCUUUCACCUUCAGCACCGAGCAUCAGGGAACACCUUGAAGCUGCAUUUCCAACUGAUAUGGCUCCUUCUGGGAAGAGGUCGUGGUACCGUCUCGAAGGGCUGGUUCCUGGACAGCGCUAUGAAGUUCGAGUAUGCUGGCUAGCAACACAACCGACUGAAUUCAUUCUAUCAAUUCACCAACCAUCUGAGAUACUCCAGUCUCCAAAUCUAUUGGCUUCCCUAGCUGAAUUCUCGGAGAUCCAGGCUUAUCGUAACAAAAACAGCACUUCACUAGGAGGAGCCUCGGUCCGUCCCGCUGGGGUGACACUGUAUCUUGUCAUUGAUGCAGCUGCAGACUACUUCACAUCUGACAAAGGACUGAUGGCAGAUGUUCCACCAGUACUCGUCGACCUCAUUCUCGACCCCUAUAUUUUCAACAUUCUUCCAACUUCCCUUGUACCUACUUUGGGUUAUGUUUUGGUCUCAGCUGUACUUGCAUGGUUUAUAUCACGGUAUAUCUGGCUCCGGCUUUCAGCCGCAGCGAAGGCGUUGGAUGUUGACGCAGAGAAGGAAAGUCAAAUACAAUCUCAGUCAGUCCUAGUGCAGAACCAUUGGAUUGGUGCUGCAAGGAAAAAGGACAAUAGAAUCAACUUUUUCAGCUGUUGAUUGAUUUAUGCAUGGCGAAUUCUGGAUUUCCUUGUCUUGAAUUCCGAUGAACAAAAUUUUCCCCUUUUUGUUACAUGGCUUCGGAUGCAUGGGACGGUUAACAUGUUUUUGUCUAUCGACUAGUUGUAUAUGUCACUCUUUCGGUAGGUUUUGAUAGCCUCCUUCGUUCACCUAAUAUAAACUCGAGAAAAAUUUCUCUUCAUCAUGUCACGGUUACCAGAAACCUAUCCCCUAGAAAAUAAUAUU